AAAAUGGACAACGUAAGCGAAUCUCCUGUAGGGAUCGCGCGAAGUUUACUUUCUGAUUCGCUAGAGUCCAAUAUCCGAGGGAGGCUUUUUUUCCAACUCCACCUGGGGUAUAUGAUGAUGUUAAUAGGUUUUAAGCCGGCUAUUUUACCUUCUUCUAGAGGAAAAAGCGAUGCAAAGUCUUCUUCUUCCAAGGAAAAGCAUUGA